CCUUUCUCUCGUCACAAGCUAAUAAUCAGUCUAAGCUUCCGAUACCCAGAGUUGUGAGCAAUGGCCUCUACAACUACCACCCAACUCUUUCUCACGCUGUCUCUCCUUUCCCUCCUUGCGUACUCAGCCCAUGCACAGCUCUCGACAAACUUUUACGCCAAUACUUGCCCUAACCUACCAACCAUCGUUCGCAAUGGAAUGAGGCAAGCUGUCAACAGAGAAAGGCGACUGGGUGCCUCCAUCCUUCGCCUUUUCUUCCACGAUUGCUUUGUUAACGGUUGUGACGCGUCAAUCCUUCUCGACGACACAGCUACCUUUACCGGGGAAAAGAACGCAGCCCCAAAUCGAAACUCAGCACGUGGGUUCGAAGUGAUCGACUCCAUUAAAUCUCAAGUGGAGGCCUCUUGCAAUGCGACUGUGUCAUGUGCAGACAUCCUCGCUCUUGCUGCACGAGAUGGAGUAGUGUUGCUGGGAGGACCUACAUGGAAUGUGCCACUAGGACGACGAGAUGCAAGAACAGCGAGCCAAAGUGGAGCCAACAGCCAGAUUCCAGGGCCAAGCGAAAACCUCUCCAGCCUCAUAUCCAAGUUUGCUGCCAAGGGCCUUAGCGCGCGGGACAUGACGGUGCUGUCGGGCGCCCACACCAUAGGCCAGGCUCAGUGUCGCACCUUCCGAAACCGUAUAUACAACGACACCAACAUCGACGCCAACUUCGCAGCGACGAGAAGGGCGAACUGCCCGGCGACGGGUGGCGAUGCCAAUUUGGCCCCGCUUGACAUACAGACCCCAGCCCGGUUUGAUAACAACUACUAUGGGAACCUUGUGGCUAGGCGUGGGCUGCUGCAUUCAGACCAGGAGCUCUUCAACGGUGGAUCCCAGGAUUCUUUGGUUCGCUCCUAUAGUACUGAUGGGACCUCUUUCGCACGCGAUUUUUCUGCUGCCAUGGUGAGGAUGGGCAAUAUCAGUCCCCUCACUGGAACCAAUGGAGAGAUUAGGUUGAACUGCAGGAGGGUCAACUGAUUUUCCUCCUACCUUUUUUAAUUAUAUAUAAGAAAAAAUAACAGAGGUCAUGUGCCUUCAAACUGUUGAAAUGGAGGGUUGGGCAUUGCUUGUCACCCUUCCUUUUCAUUCAUUUUCCUUUUCGUUCUCUGCUAAGUUAAAUCGAACACCUUACUCUACUCUACUCUCUCUCUGUCUCUCUAGAUUCCAUUUUUAAUGAAGAUUGGCUAGUUCUUGUCUCAUCAA